UCUCUUAUUGCCGCUGAGUUGCGCUCCUCUUCCUCAGGCUGCGAGCAGGAGCCGCCCGGGCGCUUCUCCCUUCCCCGGCCGGCCGGGAGUCCCUGCGGCGGCAGCGCGCUCGCUCGCCCGCCUCCCGCCGGGGCAGAGCACCCCCGCCCCGUCUCCCGGAGCCCGCCCCGGCAGAGCGCUCCAGAGGUGCCAGCAGCCGCCAGGAUUUUUGUCUGUCUUGUUUGUGUGUUUGUUGGGUUUUGGUUUUGGUUUUGUUUUUCUUUUUUUUUUUUUUCCCCCUCGUUUUCAUUUGGCUGUCUAGUCUUGCUGGGAAUGGCAGGGGCAGCGGCGCCUGGAGAAGGAACAAGUGUGGAGAAAGGGAGAGGGAGCCGGAGCUAAAUGACAGGAUGCGGGCGACCUGAGGCACAGAAAGAAGCCAGCUUCCCUCUGCCCCCGGGACUGCCCUUGCGGACCGCGCUUUCUGCUCCUGACUCCGGCCGGAGGAUUUAAGACCUAGGAAGAGUUGUGCUUGGAGGGCGUUUAUUUUUUUUUUUUUUUUCCUCCUUUCCCUGCUGUCGGAAGGGAAAAUGGAUUGGGGACUUCUCCUGCACUGUGCAGCCCUCACCUUCACCCUCGCCAGGGCUCUGCGAAGCGAUAAAUGCGGCGACACGAUCAAAAUUUUAAACCCCGGGUACCUCACCUCUCCCGGCUACCCGCAGUCCUACCACCCCAGCCAAAAAUGCGAGUGGCUGAUCCAGGCGCCGGAGCCCUACCAGAGGAUCAUGAUCAACUUCAACCCCCACUUCGACCUGGAGGACCGCGACUGCAAGUAUGAUUAUGUUGAAGUGAUUGAUGGAGAUAAUGCUGAAGGACGCUUAUGGGGAAAGUACUGUGGAAAAAUUGCUCCCCCUCCUUUAGUGUCUUCGGGGCCAUAUCUUUUUAUUAAAUUUGUUUCUGACUAUGAGACGCAUGGAGCAGGAUUUUCUAUCCGUUAUGAGGUUUUCAAAAGAGGACCUGAAUGUUCCAGAAACUUUACUGCAUCAAGUGGAGUGAUAAAGUCCCCCGGAUUCCCUGAAAAAUAUCCCAAUAGCCUUGAAUGCACUUAUAUUAUCUUUGCACCAAAGAUGUCAGAGAUUAUACUGGAAUUUGAAAGCUUUGAGCUAGAACCUGACUCAAAUACUCCAGGGGGAGCAUUCUGUCGCUACGACCGGUUGGAAAUCUGGGAUGGAUUCCCUGAUGUUGGCCCGCACAUAGGGCGUUAUUGUGGGCAAAACAACCCAGGACGUGUCCGGUCUUCGACAGGGAUCCUUUCAAUGGUAUUUUACACUGACAGUGCAAUAGCAAAAGAGGGAUUCUCAGCAAACUACAGCGUGUCGCAGAGCAGUGUAUCAGAAGAUUUCCAGUGCAUGGAACCACUGGGCAUGGAGUCAGGAGAAAUUCACUCUGAUCAAAUCACUGUCUCCUCCCAGUACAGCGCUAUCUGGUCUUCAGAAAGGUCCCGGCUAAAUUACCCUGAGAAUGGAUGGACCCCAGGGGAAGAUUCCAUUAGAGAAUGGAUACAGGUAGAUCUAGGCCUUCUCCGCUUUGUUUCUGGAAUUGGGACCCAAGGAGCCAUUUCAAAAGAAACAAAGAAAGAAUAUUAUCUGAAAACAUACCGCGUAGAUGUCAGCUCCAAUGGAGAGGACUGGAUUACACUGAAGGAGGGAAAUAAGCCUGUUGUGUUUCAAGGGAAUAGCAAUCCCACUGAGGUUGUUUACAGACCUUUUGCCAAACCAGUUUUAACACGGUUUGUGCGAAUUAGACCUGUGUCUUGGGAAAAUGGAGUAUCACUGAGAUUUGAAGUUUAUGGCUGCAAGAUAACAGAUUAUCCUUGCUCUGGGAUGCUGGGUAUGGUGUCUGGGCUCAUUCCUGACUCUCAGAUUACUGCAUCUACUCAAGUUGAUCGAAACUGGAUUCCAGAAAAUGCUCGCCUCAUAACAAGCCGUUCAGGUUGGGCGCUGCCACCAACUACUCAUCCAUAUACAAACGAAUGGCUUCAAAUAGACCUCGGUGAAGAAAAAAAAGUGAGGGGCAUAAUUGUCCAAGGAGGCAAGCACCGAGAAAACAAAGUAUUCAUGAAAAAAUUCAAAAUUGGCUACAGCAACAAUGGGUCAGAUUGGAAAAUGAUCAUGGAUUCCAGCAAGAAAAAGAUAAAGACUUUUGAAGGCAACACCAACUAUGACACGCCUGAACUGCGGACUUUUGAACCUGUAUCGACAAGAUUCAUCCGCGUCUACCCUGAGAGAGCCACACACGGAGGACUGGGGCUGCGAAUGGAGCUGCUGGGCUGUGAACUCGAAGCUCCUACCGCUGUCCCUACUGUUUCCGAAGGCAAACCCGUGGAUGAGUGUGAUGAUGACCAGGCAAACUGUCACAGUGGCACAGGUGAUGACUACCAACUGACAGGUGGUACUACAGUGCUGAAUACAGAAAAGCCAACAGUAAUAGACAAUACAUUACAACCAGAGCUGCCACUAUACAACUUCAACUGUGCCUUUGGCUGGGGAUCCCAGAAGACUUUGUGCCACUGGGAGCACGACAACCAGGUGGAUUUAAAGUGGGCAAUCCUGACCAGCAAAACUGGGCCGAUUCAAGACCACACAGGAGAUGGCAAUUUCAUUUAUUCACAAGCUGACGAAAGCCAGAAAGGGAAAGUUGCCCGACUGCUGAGCCCCGUGAUUUACUCACAGAACUCUGCCCACUGCAUGACUUUCUGGUACCACAUGUCUGGUGCACACGUUGGCACCCUGAAGAUCAAACUGCGGUACCAAAAGCCGGAUGAAUAUGACCAGGUGCUGUGGACCCUGAGCGGGCACCAGGCAAACUGCUGGAAGGAAGGACGUGUUCUUCUUCACAAGUCUGUGAAACACUAUCAGGUGGUUAUUGAGGGAGAAAUUGGAAAAGGAACUGGAGGAAUUGCCGUGGAUGAUAUUAAAAUUGACAAUCACGUAGCACAAGAGGAUUGCCGAAAAUCAACUGAUGUGGAGAAUGAAAUAGAUGAAGAAGAAGACCCAGAAAGUAAUCAAACAGGGUUUACACCUCCAUACCAUACAGGCGAGGACUACGAUGAUAACAUCUCCAGGAAACCAGGCAAUGUCCUGAAGACCCUAGAUCCAAUCCUUAUUACCAUCAUAGCCAUGAGUGCACUCGGGGUGCUUUUAGGAGCCAUCUGUGGAGUUGUCCUGUACUGUGCCUGUUGGCACAAUGGGAUGUCAGAGAGGAACUUGUCUGCACUGGAGAAUUACAAUUUUGAACUGGUCGAUGGUGUGAAACUGAAAAAAGAUAAACUAAACACACAGAAUUCAUACUCGGAAGCAUGAAGGUAUAAAGCGACUAGAGAAGUUUCAGAGAAUCGGGAUGGAAGGACAUAGCUCGGUCAUGCUGGGGAACUGUUGAUCUUCUUUUACUGUACAGGCUGAAAAGUGCAUUGAUGACACUGAGCCAAGCUUUUCUCAGGAGCUUCAAUGAGUGUGUAACUGAUAAACAUGGACAACAAUCUGUGUUAACAAUCUGAAUCAUGUACAGUCUGCUUUUUCUGUUGGUUUCGUUUGGAAUAAUCAAAUGCUGGUAUUGAGACCAAGUAUGAUUGACUUAUAGUUCAUUUUGUCUUUCUUUCUCUCCCUCUCUCUUGUUUUCUGUUAAUGGAUAAUUUGGGUUUUACUGUGCAAAAUCCAAGAUGCUGUCACAAAAUGUAUUCAGUGGGGUCCUUUGGAUGGACAUGCUGUCUGUAGCUCAGUGCCCAGAAAAUAUUGGAGUAACAGCAAUUUAGUGGACUCCUGCACCUGUAUUUGUGUAUAAUUGCUCGUGUUGUGCAUAGGCAAAGAAGGGUUAGGAUGUUUUUGAAAGUACUGCUGCAUCAGUACCGAUAUAGUGUGUCAGCUCUGUUUACGAAGCAAUACAGUCAAAUUUUAUUGAUGUUUUUCAGUGUUGUACUAAAUUUUGUGCUUGUGAACGCCAUAAAAGAGUAUGUGCCAUCAUCAGACACAACUGGUAACCAAGUGUACUGCCUAAAAACUAAACAAAAAAAGUCCUUGGCACUGGCUAGUGUAUGUCCUCUCAAGUGCCUUUUUGUUUGUACUGCUUCUCAUUGUGUUAACAUUAACUACAGCUCCGCUUCUCUGCAGUUAUGCCCUUGUCUUUAAUCAUAUUCUAAUGGCUCACUGACUAAAAGAAAAGUAUAUUUUAGUGUAAGAAAGUAGCCUCAGCAAGGCAAGGGCUAAUCAGAUUUGACAACCUGGCUCGAUUGUUCUGCUUUCUGUAUUUCAACUUCAUGUCUCUUGACCCUUUUGUAUAAAGCUGCAAUAUUCCCUUUUAUUGUUCUUUCAUAUAGAAUGUAUUUUCAAAUGUAAAAUCUCUCUCCCUUUCUCUUCUCUUUCUCUCUCUCUUUCUCUUUCUGAGUAGAUUGCAUAAGCAUUUGCCAUUGCCAAGGAAAGAAAACUGCAGCUUUAACUUGCUGGUAAUGGCAAAGGAUUUUAUUAGAGUUUGUGUUAAAAAAUAAGGGAAAAUUCUUAACUUUACCCUCCAAAGUCGAACUUUGGGUUUCUUCUUAACAGCAUAAAGUGACAGUAUCUUUUUUCCUGAAGUCAUGAAAUAUGUCUUUUAUCCUGAACAGCUUGCCUGUUAAUUACACUAGGGAGAAUGAUUCCCUUACUGAAAAGAUUGCCUGUAAAAAGAGAAACUUUCCUCCUCCUGCCCCUACCUGAACCCAGAGUUCUGUUCUCUCAGUAAACGUGUAUUUUCAUGCUAAUCAAUGCUAAUUGGUCUUAUGUGUGGGUAUUGAGGGCAGAAUAAAAUCCCACAGUGUAUGUAGGGUAUGUUCUUAUCAUCCUGUUAUAUCCAAUUGGCAUUUCAUACCAGGAGGUUUCUGUUUGACCAGAAGUGCAGAUAGUGACAGAUUCAGCGAGCCGAGUAAUGUAAGCUGUUGGGAAAAUGUGCUUGACAAUUAUGUGGCAAUUUUUUAAUACUUUAGGACAAAUACUAUUGGACAAAUAUAUUCAACAGCCUAUGCAUCUGGUCCAACAGGGUAAAAAGAAACAAGAUUUUGUUUCCCGCAGGGGUCCAUAGGAAGAGGCGAGGGACCAGAGGGAUUGCUCCCCUCCUGCAGGUGCGAGGGGAGCCCCUGGGUUUUCUGCAGUGCCCCGCACACAGCACAGCCAUAAUUGGGGAGGCAGUGGAAGAAGGCAGCUUUAACCUUCCCCUGCGUAUCUACCAACCAGCAGAUAGAACCAGUGCAAACAUGGGGAAAGGAACGUCCUGCAAAGUGCUGAACUUAUAUUUUUCCUCACUGAAUUCCCUGAGUAGAGUCAGGGAAGUGAUUGUGACUUUCUGAGUUAGUCUUUUCCAAAACUGCUUUUGUAGUAAAGCAAUGAAGUACCCUGUCCAGGAUCAGGACUAAAGAAGGGCUAAUUCAGCCUUGAAUUACAUAGAGCAACAGAAUCCACCCCUAUUUAUCAAUUAAAUGUUUUGAAGCAUACCAUUUCACCAAUAUGAACCAUAAAACAGAAAAAUCUGUAGAAAAUCCACCAGUAACCUACAAAUUGAAGAAAAGAGAGGGAGACUGGAGGUAAAAAUAUGAGUUUUGAAGUGGAAAUAUUUUAAAGGACAACCCAAUAGAAAAAAACAGUGGACAGUUGCUACUUCAAAGGAGUCCUAAAGGCAAAGACUAUAGUGAAAAUUCAAACACCCACUUCAGGUCAUCAAACCUCAGAUGCCUAAAUUGGAAGAGUUACCUCCCCAGGAUCUAGACCUUGGCUCUUCCAGAAGGUGAGACAGAGCACCUAAGGCCUGAAAGUUUUGCCUAAAAGUUAGUCCAUUAAAUGUCCCAAGUGACAAACUCACUUUGGCAGAGGUAGAAUUUUCAUUUGUAUCUAACACUGUAAUUUGACCAUAAUGGUAUCGCAGCAGCUAGUUAAUUAACCCAAAGAGAAAAAGGAUUUUUUCAAAAGUAUUUUAAGUACACCAUCACUGUGUGUUUCAGGUGUUAGGGUCUGUUCUGAAAACACUUCUAGUCCACUACUUGAUUGAGAGUUACAUGCAUAUAUUGCCUUGAAAAGAAAAUCCCAAUGGGGAGCCCAGGCCCAAAACCUUUUGAAAUAUUCCCAUGGAUCCACAGAUUUCAAUAGAUUCUGGACCAGCUCUUGGUCUUGAUCUAUUUGAACAGUAAAGCUGGUGGUUGCUGGGGUUUUGUCUUCUUUUAACAUACUGAGAAUAGUGAACGCAAAAUGAAAUAUAUCUCCUUUGUUGUCUUCAGACCUUACUAUGAUAAUGAGGAUCUAGCACUGAAGAUUUGAUUUCUCUGAAGGUAAUAGAAUGAAAGUUGCCCUUCAAUAAAGGAAAAAUGAUACUGCAACUUUACAUUGAAAAGUAUCUUGCACUGAUAAAUAUAUUUAAAAAAAUUAUAUGUUUAUAAAGUUAUUAAUUUGUAAAGGCAGUGUUACAAAAUGUUCAGUUUAUAUUGUUUUAGAUUGUUUCAUAAUUUUUAAAGUGUAAAAUAACAUAUUUUUUUCUUUAUUGAAAAACUAUAAAAAUCUUCUGUAGUAAAAUGAUUUCAUUUUACUGGUAUAUUAUUGCUUCAUGUUUUGUACCAUCAUAAAACUUUGUGCAAAUUUUUUUUACAGAAAUUUUUAUUUUCUAUGACAAUAUGACACUUGUAAAUUGUUGUUUCAAAAUGAACAGCGAAGCCUUAACUUUAAAUGACAUUUGUAUUCUCAGACACUGAGUAGCAUUUAAAAAAAUCACAUAGAACUGAACUGUAACUUAAAUUUCCAAACUAUGACUACUACAUUCCAAAGAAACAGUUGAAUUAAACAUUUUCAUAAAAUA